AACGGUAUACUGCUUGGUUAGAGAAAGUCCACACAGAUCACCCUUAGAGAGAAUAAUGCAGGCCAGAGAACAAUUUGGAUUAAGAAAGUUUGUAGCAACUGAACGAGUAAUUCCUCUGAAAGGAGACGUAUCCUUGACCCUUCUGGGUCUUACCAAAGAUGUGUACAACUCUCUCUGUCUGGAUGUAGAUGUGGUGAUCCAUGCUGCAGCUCAAGUCAACUUAAUUCUGCCUUUCAAUGCUUUGUACAAUACCAAUGUCCUUGGCACUCGUAAUGUUUUACUUUUUUCUGCUAAAUCUAAAAUCAAGCCUGUCCACUACAUAAGCACAAAUGCAGUGUUUCCUAGUGGCUUGCGGGAUGUCAAGGAAAAUGUAGACAUGAAUCAAUUCUGCAAUCAGUUAGGAGAGUGGUUAUAGUCAAACAAAAUGGUUGGCAGAACAACAGGUACUGGCUGCCAUCGAGAAGGGAUUGCCAGUUGCUAUAUACAGAUGUGGUAAUGUUGGAGGAUCCCGCCUUGUUGGAGGUUGGAAAC